CGUUGACAUAUUUCUGUCCUCACAGCGCCAGAUCUGACUGUUUCCUCCGAUGUGUUUCAAUGCCGAUUAGUGCAUAGGAUGCUAUUUAUAUAUCUAGUUGAUAUACCGGAGGGAUUCUAGCGACAUUCUCGGACUAAACGGGAGUUUGGGUUUUCAAGGCAGCUGAGAUUGAAGUUUGUGUGCCCGUUUGCAAGUGGAGGAAAAUACUGAGUGGUCAUCAUGGCAGAAAACAACUUCCCACCCCUGCCUCGAUUCAUCCCCCUCAAGCCAUGUUUUUACCAGGACUUCAAUGAGAUCCCAGACCAGCGUCGCACCAUGUGCAAGAGGCUCUACUACCUGUGGAUCUUGAACAGUGCCACGCUGGCUGUUAAUCUGAUUGGCUGUCUGGCGUGGAUGUGUGGAGGUGGCGGAGCGACCAACUUCGGCAUGGCCAUCCUGUGGCUCAUCCUCUUCACCCCCUGCUCCUAUGUGUGCUGGUUCAGGCCCAUCUACAAGGCCUUCAAGACUGAUAGCUCGUUCAACUUUAUGGCUUUCUUCUUCGUCUUCAUGGCCCAGGUGGUGAUCAGUAUCAUCCAGACUGUUGGCAUUCCUGGUUGGGGAGUGUGCGGCUGGCUGGCUACCAUCACCUUCUUCAGCACCAACAUCGGCUCAGCUGUGGUCAUGCUGAUUCCCACUAUCAUGUUUACUGCAAUGGCCGUACUUUCCUUCAUCGCCCUCACAAAGGUUCAUAACUUCUACCGCGGCAGUGGUGGCAGCCUGGGUAAGGCCCAAGAGGAGUGGGCCACCGGGGCUUGGAAGAACCCCCACGUCCAGCAGGCAGCUCAGCAGGCGGCCAUGGGAGCCGCGCAGGGAGCCAUGCAGCAGAACCAGUACUCAGCAGCUCCCACCUACAACUACGACGACCCGAUGUAGGACAGAGGAGGGGGCCGGGCUGCCGUGUGGGAGAGAUAAAAAGGGAUCAAUUAAGAACACAAUUCAGAAUUAGGUGCCCUUCAUUAUAACACUGUACAAGCUGAAUUCAAACAGAACAGAGUCAUGUUUUUGGUGGAAGUGUACUUUUAUUGAAUUCUGCCACACGUGGGAGUCAGUCAUUUAAGUCACAUC